AACAAACAAAACCCCACUGUAUCACCGUUGGACCGUUCAAUUCGAGGUAGCGCGCAUUCCACGAAACAGAGAAAAACAAGUGCACAAUAAGACAACCGGCUUUCGUAUCGACUUUAACGCAGAAUCGCAGUUUUUCGUGCAUUUUUUUGGCUAAAACAGGACUCAAGGCAACGCCCGCGCAUUAGCUUUUGCGAGCCCCAGUGUUAUUGUGUGUGUUUUUUCUGGCGCAUCCGUUGGCGUUGUGUGUGUAUCCCGACAUCUCCUCUUCGAGCUGCUAUCCUUGUAUUAGGGUGUGCCGAAAAAGCAACAAAAAAUAAAAGAGUGACAUUCCAGCACAGCUCCACCUCCACAAAGUAAAGCAACCAACUCGCCGAAAUGUCAGUUUCCUCGAACGCCUCCUCGGCCUCGCGAAAUGGCAGUGUGGACGACAGCACCACCGCCAGUACCACCAACACGGACAGCUCCGAGCUGACGCACAUUCUGAACCGGCGACAGGAGAUCAUGGACUCCCAAGAGGCGGGCAUCGAAGUGCCGCGCACCUUCAAGGUGGUUAAUGUCUACACCGAGUUCCAUGAGUUCUCCAGGAAGCAGAUCAAGGACUACCAGAAGACCUUCAAUACCUAUGACACUGCUCGGGAUGGCUUCUUAGAUCUGCAGGAGCUCAAGUUCAUGAUGGAGAAGCUUGGAGCACCCCAGACGCAUCUCGGUCUCAAGAAGAUGAUCGCCGAGGUGGACGAGGACCAUGAUGGCAAGAUCUCCUUCAGGGAAUUUCUACUCAUCUACCGCAAGGCCGGAGCCGGAGAACUGGACUCGGAUUCCGGGCUCAAUCAGCUGGCCCGGCUGACCGAGAUCGAUGUGGAGCAGGUGGGCGUGAGCGGAGCCAAGAACUUCUUCGAGGCGAAAAUCGAACAGCAGCUGCGGACGAACAAGUUCCAUGAUGAGAUCCGGGCAGAGCAGGAGGAGCGCCGGCGUGAGGAGGAAGAGCGGGCCCAGAGGCGCCAGCAGUUCCAGCAGCGGGCGGCUAUCUUCCAGUAGAUCUGGAUCCCGGCAAAACAUUAUCCUGGUAGUCUAGCGCGUAAUUAUUUUGGCGUAGGUUAAUCGAAUGUGGACCUAGAGAGAUCCCGGCGGAAGGAUUAGGGAAACCGGAGACGCUUCGUACAAGCUGCAGGCAUUUUUCAAGCAUCACAUAAAAUAAUUGAUAUCCAUACUAAUCGUCUCAUAUACAUAUAUACACCUACUAGGGUGGUCCGAUUUGAUUUCAAAUACAAGGAUUAGGUUUUUAAUUUUCUGACGAUUUCAGUGAAAGGAUUGCGGAGUAGAGUCACUCAAGAGGGGAAAUCGAAUCGGACCACUCCUAGCCACUCAUACGUACACAUAGAUAACGAUCAUACCAAAAGCGUAAUUUAUAAUUAACCUUUAGUUAAGUGAAAAAUGUUUUAAGCUUAAGAACUCUUUUGAAAAAAACCUUGGUGUUGCGUAAUCUUCUUUUGUUGAAUUUGUAUCUUUAGUUUUUGAGUUUGGUUUGUCCGAAAAAUUACAAUUCUUUCUUACUGGUAGUGCCAUUUUUUAUUUCUUGAUUAUGAUUUUAAUUAUUGUUUAAAAAGAAGCAAACGGAUAGUUAAUUUAAGUGAAAAAUUCAACCUUAUUUGUACAUAUAACCUGUGUUGGCAGUUCAACUUUGUUGUAGGAAGCAUUUAAGCUUUCGUUUCAGUAUUUCAUGUUUAAAGUUUAAACUCUAAAGUUUUUAGUAGAAAUUAAAGCAAUACUAAUGCAUUAAAUACUACGAAUACACGGAAAAUACACAUACUUUUAGAGAGCGUUUAAUACAAGAACUUAUACUGCAAUUUAAACAAAUAAAUGUAUAUAAUACAAAGUCAUUUAAGA